AUUCUAGUUCCGCCUCCCUCUCUGAGUGGCUGCCAGGCCAACUUCCCAUUGGCCGCCGACGAGAAGGCAGACAUCCGGUUUGAGUGUCUGGACGCCCGAGGCGGAUACGAACAUGGUGCGCUUCAAGCACAGGUACCUGCUUUGCGAAGUGGUGUCUGAGGACCCCCGCUGCCGUCUGAAUCUGGAGGACCGAGUGCUGGGCGGCCUAGUACGGGACACGAUCGCGCGCGUGCACGGAACUUUCGGCGCGGCCGCCUCCUCCAUCGGCUUCGCGGUGCGAUACCUCAAUGCCUAUACCGGAAUAGUGCUACUUCGAUGCCGGAAGGAAUUCUAUCGGCUCGUGUGGUCAGCUCUUCCCUUCAUCACAUACUUGGAGAACAAAGGACACCGUUAUCCGUGUUUUUUUAACACCUUACACGUGGGAGGUACAAUUAGAACAUGUCAGAAGUUCCUCAUUCAGUACAAUAGGAGACAGCUGUUGAUUUUGUUGCAGAACUGCACUGAUGAAGGAGAGCGGGAAGCUAUCCAGAAGUCUGUUACAAGAAGCUGUUUACUAGAAGAGGAGUCCACUGGGGAGGAGCUUUCAGAUAGUGGCGGUGAGGAGGCUGCUGAGACAAUGGAGUGAACUUUUGCAGGCUGCGUUGCGCCUAAGCUUCAGGGCCUACUUGUUGGACAGGGAAUUCUGGGAGGCACUAGCACCUUCUACAGUUCUCAAACUGGAUGACUGCUGAUCAGUGGCCAGUUACCAGCUCAAAAUGAAUUGACUUAUUGUUUAAAACUUGCCGGAGUUCCCGUCGUGGCGCAGUGGUUAACGAAUCCGACUAGGAACCAUGAGGUUGCGGGUUCGGUCCCUGCCCUUGCUCAGUGGGUUAACGAUCCGGCGUUGCCGUGAGCUGUGGUGUAGGUCGCAGACUCGGCUCGGAUCCCUUGUUGCUGUGGCUCUGGCGUAGGCCGGUGGCUACAGCUCCGAUUCGACCCCUAGCCUGGGAACCUCCAUAUGCCGCGGGAGCGGCCCAAGAAAUAGCAACAACAACAAGACAAAAAAAUAAAUAAAUAAAUAAAUAAAAUAAAACUUGCCAAAGUCACCUUUACCCAGCAUUACCUGGUUAAGUAGUUCUGCAGGUGGUGAAGUUCCUGUAGAUAUAUACAUCUUUUUAUCUAA